CUCUAAGGAAACAUCUGCCUGGAAGAAAGUGUGGCCUAAAAUUAUACAGGGGAGAGACUUUGAAGGCUGUGUAGAGGAGCCUGAGCCUUCAAUUGAUGACAUUGUCACUAUAGUAGAGACCAUAGGCUUGCAGGUAGACGGUGAUGUUGAGCUGGUGGAGGAACACUCAGAGGAAUUGUCUACAGAGGAACUUCAGCAGCUUCUGGCUAAGCAACAGAAACGCAGCUGAGGAGCUUUCUGAAGAGGAGGGCCGAUAUCAACAAUCAGUGCAGCAAAGUUCUUCUGAAAUAAAGGAAAUCCUGAAAAAAUGGACAGAGCUACAAACAUUUACAGAGACGACCCACCCAGAUAAGAGGAAAAGCUAAUCGUUGCAUUCACUUACUCAGUGUUAAACAGACAACCUUAGACCAGUUUUUAGUUCUGAAAAGGUUGAGACCUAGUGAGCCAGAAGCAGGUCCUAGUGGGCUACAGACUCUCCCAAGGAGAGAAAGGACACCAGAGAGCCAGAUUUCUGACGUUCUUAUGGAAAGGGACUCUCCUUCUAGACAAUAACCACCUCCCAUUUCAUCCUUCCUGAAACCCAAAGAUGUCAUCUUGAAUGGGCUGUGCUCCUCUCUCAAGCCAGAUGCUUAUGCUGAAGCAAGGAUAGUUCAAGAGCUGGAAGAGCAGAGCUCGGCUGCCCUGCUGUUCAGUACAAGAAGACUCCUGACUCCCCCUCCACUCGGUGGAUUUCCUAGCACAGCGGUCUGCUGAAGAGGACAAGUGAGCUAGAAGAGGGAGAGUUGACACAGAGGAGGCCACAUGACCAUGGAGGCAGAGACUGGAGCGAUGCAACCACAAGCCCAGGAUUGCUGGAAGCCACUAGAGGCUGAAGGGACAAGGAUGGUUCCCUAGAGCUGAGGCAACAAAAGGAGAAUAUUCCAGAUUCUUGACUGAAUUCCCAUUGCUUCUGCAGAUAUCACCUUGGGAUGAUGGGCACAAAGCUGACACCAGUGCUGUUUGCCCUGGCCGGCUUGCUGCAGGUGGCUGUGCCCCUGAAAAUUGCAGCCUUCAACAUCCGGACUUUUGGGGAGACCAAGAUGGCCAAUGCCACCCUCUCCAGCUAUGUUGUGCAGAUCCUGAGCCACUAUGACAUCGCCCUCAUCCAGGAGGUCAGAGACACCUACCUGACGGCUGUAGGGAAGCUGCUGGAUGAACUCAAUCGGGAUGCACCAGACACCUAUCAUUUUGUGGUCAGUGAGCCUCUGGGACGCAACACCUAUAAGGAGCAGUACCUUUAUGUGUUCAGGCCUGAUCUGGUGUCCGUGCUGGACAGCUACCAAUAUGAUGAUGGCUGUGAGCCGUGUGGAAAUGACACCUUCAGCCGGGAGCCAGCCAUUGUCAGGUUCUUCUCCCCAUUCACACAGGUCAGAGAUUUUGCCAUUGUGCCCCUGCAUGCAGCCCCAACAGAUGCAGUGGCUGAGAUUGAUGCUCUGUAUGACGUCUAUCUAGAUGUCCAGCAGAAGUGGGGCAUAGAGGACAUCAUGUUGAUGGGUGAUUUCAAUGCUGGCUGCAGCUAUGUGACCCCCUCCCAAUGGUCCUCCAUCCGCCUUCGUACAAGCCCCACCUUCCAGUGGCUGAUUCCUGACACUGCUGACACCACAGUGACGUCUACACACUGUGCCUAUGACAGGAUCGUGGUCGCUGGAUCUCUGCUCCAAAGUGCUGUUGUUCCAGGCUCAGCUGCUGCUUUUGACUUCCAGGCAGCAUAUGGACUGACUGGCCAGCUUGCAGAAGCCAUCAGUGACCACUACCCAGUAGAGGUGACACUGAAGAAAGCCUGACAUCUGCAGGCAGCAUAACCAGCUGGGUCCUCCAUGGUGGCUGGUGACCCACAGCAUGGCAGGUACAGCACCCCUUCCUCCCACUUUGGUGGGGGCCACCCAGCACAGGGCUGUCCCAGCAGCAAUCCAUCUUCUCAGUACCUGGACAAAAGAGCUAACAUGUGGAUUAAGAAAUAUCUUUUAAUUGAGGUAAAUAAAGCUGAAGGUGGUGGUCUCA